AUGACAGUAAAAUAUAAUUUGGCUGUAUCAACAUCCCGACCAUGGACAUUGUUCAAAUUAUUAUUUCGUUGGCGUGGAAGUGUUUGGAAAUCGGUGACCUUUGAACUUGUUAUUUGGUUAUUACUUUAUUUUACGAUUGGUAUUAUUUAUCGCAAAGUGUUAUCGCAUCAACAAAUCAGAGAUUUUGAAAGAAUUGCUCAUUUAUUGGAUGAAAAAUUAAAUCUAAUACCGCUUGAUUUUAUGCUCGGCUUUUUUGUCACAUCCGUUCUGAAUCGAUGGAUCAAAUUCUUUAACAAUAUUGGAUACAUUGAUAAUAUAGCAUUGAUGACAGCAGCCUAUGUAUGUGGUGAUGAUGAAAGGUCACGGAAAAUGCGUCGUAAUAUUGUCCGUUAUUGUGUCUUAUCGCAAGCGCUCGUUUUUCGUGAUAUUAGCAUGAAAGUGCGGAAACGAUUUCCGACAUUAGAUUCCGUUGUUGCGGCAGGAUUUAUGAUGUCACAUGAGAAAGCUAAAUUAGAUGAACUUCAUUAUCGCUAUGAUAAGCAUUGGGUACCAUUUCAAUGGGCUUUAGCAAUUUGCGAUGAUGCACGACAACAGCAAAAGAUAGCAAGUGAUUGGCUGCAACAGAAAGUUAGUGAAGAAAUUAAACGAUUUCGAACAAAUAUGGCAAAUUUAUAUAAUUUCGAUUGGGUACCAUUACCUAUUAUGUAUGCUCAAAUUGUUGUCCUCGCCGUUCAUUUGUAUUUUUUUGUUUGUACCAUAUCGCGGCAACAUAUUAUUUCAGAUGAAGCGCCUAAUAAGUCGAAAGUGGAUGUAUUUUUUCCAUUCAUGUCUGUUUUACAAUUUAUUUUUUAUAUGGGAUGGUUAAAAGUAGCUGAAGCAAUACUGAAUCCAUUUGGCGAAGAUGAUGAUGAUUUUGAAUGCAAUUUUCUACUCGAUAAAAAUCUUGCUGUAGGCUUAAUGAUCGUUGAUUUGGGCUAUAAUCAACCUCCAGCAAUUGAAAAAGAUCCAUUUUGGGAAGGACCUAUUGAACCACUUUAUACACAACAGUCGAUGAUACUUGAACGACGUAUGAGCAGUAUUACCGGUUCUCUUGCACAUAUUAGAUUAUCAGAUGAUAAAAAAGUUCAAAUGAUGCCAUUGCCUCAUAGCACGGAUUCAGCACGAAGUCCAUCAGUGAAUGAAGCUGGCAAUAUUUGCGAUAAAGAAUUGUCACGAAAUGAUCAAUGCGGAAAUGAUUUGCAAGUUACUGAUGUUCCCCAAGAACGGCGACGAUUUAGCUUAGGUGAUUAUUUGUAUUUGCCAUUUCGUUCAACAUUAUCAUCACGUGAUUCAAUUAACAUUAUCGGUGAGCCUCAUCAUCUGGAGGAUUUGACAGAAGAAAAUGAGGAUACUGUACAUUCACGAAAGGCUUAG